AUGGAGACUAAACCUUACAACAGCGCGACGAACAUUGUCGCUCUUCAGAACCUUCGUGCCAGAGCCGUGCCCGAUGUCCCUGAGGAUGUCGACUUUCUCUUGGAGCAUCUCAAUGACCCUAACUUUGACUACUACGCCUCACUUCCCUCUCCUACCUCAUCCACCACCGAGGUGCAUGAGCUUGAGCACAAAAAGAUAGCGAUGUCAGAGUACUCUGGCGGUGCCUCGGACUUCGAUGUCGAGUCCCGAGUUGAGUCUAGGCGCUAUUCUACAGCUUCAAGAACUACCACACCUUCGACUUUCGAUUAUGACGACGAGUCACCUUACCCUGAAGUUCGCGCCGCUGUGGCUAGCAUUGAUGACCCCACCAUGCACGUCAAUACAUUUCGCAUGUGGGUUUUGGGUAUCUUCUAUACCAUUCUCAUCUCGGCUCUUAACCAGUUUUUCUCUAUGCGUUACCCUUCCAUUAUCAUCACUGGUAUUAUUGCUCAGUUGACCGCCCUGCCCCUUGGCAAAGGUAUGGAGCGAGUCCUCCCCACUACGCGCUUCAAUACCAUGGGAUACACCUGGUCAUUCAACCCAGGACCAUUUAACGUCAAGGAACACGUACUCAUCACUGUCAUGGCGAAUGUUGUAGUCAGCGGUGCCUAUGCCACUGACAUUAUCGCAACCCAGAAAGUCUUCUACAAUCAGACUCUCACUACCUCCUAUCAACUCUGCCUUGUUCUUUCAACGCAGCUCAUCGGUUUCUCUUUGGGCGGCCUUCUUCGCAAAUUCCUUGUUUGGCCCAGUAGCAUGAUUUGGCCUGGUGCACUCGUCAGCUCCGCUUUAUUCAACACUCUACACAAAUCAUAUGGCAAACCAGAGGGUCGCCAUAUCUCUCGGGAGAAAUUUUUCUGUAUUGCAUUGGGAUGCAGUUUCGUAUGGUACUGGGUGCCUGGAUACUUGUGGACUGGACUGAGCAUGUUCAACUGGAUCUGCUGGAUUGCACCUCAAAACGUGGCUGUGAACGCGCUAUUUGGCACUUCCUCUGGUCUUGGGAUGGGCAUUUUUACUUUUGACUGGUCCAUGAUCUCCUAUGUCGGAAGUCCCUUGGUGACGCCUUGGUGGUCUGAAGCUAAUACGGUCGUUGCCCUUGUGAUCUGCUUCUGGAUCAUCACGCCGAUCAUCUACUUCACCAACACUUGGUUCACCGCAUACUUGCCAAUCUCGGCCUACGUGACCUUCGACAAUACUGGAUUGCCGUAUGACGCCGCUCAGGUGGUCACCAAUGCCUCUUUCAACGUCGCGCAGUACGAGGCUUACUCACCCGUCUUCAUGACGGCGACCAUGGCUGUUGCAUAUGGUGUUGCAUUUGCCGCUUUCUCCUCAGUGGUCGUGCACACAUUCUUGUGGUACCGCCGCGACAUCGUUCGCCGUUUCAAGAGCAGCCUCAGAGAUGAGCGUGAUGUUCACUCGCGCUUGAUGCAGGCAUACUCCGAAGUUCCUCAGUGGUGGUAUGUUAUCCUGGGCCUCGUAAUGCUUCUCCUCCUCUUCAUUACGGUGGAGAUUUUCCCUACGGAUCUCCCUGUCUGGGGUGUUUGCGUUGCUCUCGCUCUCGCUGCACUCCUCGCGAUUCCGGUUGGCAUGCUCCAAGCAAUUACAAACCAGCAGAUCGCCUUGAACGUCGUGUUCGAGAUGAUUGGUGCCUAUUUGCUUCCUGGCAAACCCAUCGCUGUCAUGAUCUUCAAAGCGAGCGCAUACAUGGGUACAAACCAGGCUGUUGGCUUUGCUGGCGACUUGAAGCUUGGUCAUUAUAUGAAGGUGCCCCCGCGUCUCAUGUUCACGGCACAGGUCCUCGCUGCCUUCCUAAGUUGCCUCGUUGUCACGUUUGUGCAGAACUGGAUGUUCGCCAACAUCGUGGACAUCUGCACACCCACCCAGCCUCAGUUCUUCACCUGCCCGUCCACCAGCACCUUCGGAAGUGCGUCGCUCCUGUGGGGAAGCAUUGGGCCCCAUCGUCUCUUCAGUCCAGGUGCCAUGUACAGCCCAUUGCUCUGGUUCUUUGCCGCCGGUGCCCUACUCCCCAUCCCCUUCUACUACCUUGCUCGCCGUUUCCCUCUCUCAUACUGGAGAUACAUCAACAUCCCGGUGUUCUUCGCAGGCAUCGGCGCCAUGCCUCCUGCCAAUGGCAUCAACUUUGCAUCUUGGGCACUUGUCGGCUUCAUAUUCCAGUGGUUCAUGCGCCGCUACCACUUCAGGUGGUGGAUGCGCUACAACUACAUCCUCUCCGCUGCUCUCGACGCAGGCGUCGCGUUCAGUAUGGUCGUCAUCUUCUUCCUUCUUCAGAUGCCGAAAGGUGGAGUAACGCUCACAUGGUGGGGUAACACCUUCUGGCAGCAAACUGCAGAUGCAAUGGGCACGCCCCUCUACGUAAUGCCUCCUGGCCAGACAUUCGGCCCUUCGACUUGGUCAUAA